AUGACCCUGAGUGAGAUGCUGCUGCUCUGCAUCCUACUGGCCUGGUGCUGGGGGCCCAGACUGGCCAGCACCCAAGGUACAGGUCAAAGGUCGAAGUGUCCUCUGAUUUCAUCUGCAGAGUCUCCGCUGCAGAGUCUUCUUCUCCAGAACCUCAGCUGCUACAAUGAUUACGAAAGCCUCAUCCAGUGCCGCUGGACUCUGCCCCCCAAGACCCAGCGCCUCCUCAACCUCACCCUCCUGCACAGGGACAAUGACAGCAAACCCCCACAGCCUGUGUCCUGUGAGCUCAUCAAUCAUUCGUUCCGGCUGGAGACGCCCUGCCCUGGCUGUGUGUCCAGGUGUGACAUUCCCUACAAGGGCUUCGCCUUGGGUAGCUACGACUACUUCUCCUUCCAAGCCAACAGAUCUCUGGGUGCUCAGCUCAACGUGACCCUGGCUCUGCACGUGCAGCCUCCUGCACCCACCAACCUCCAGGUCAAUGGAUCUGGGAACAAUAUCUUGCUCACCUGGACCUUUGAGCCCAGUCCCUGGCUGUCAAAGCUGGAAUUUGAGGUGGCAUAUCGGCGCCUCCAGGAUUCCUGGGAGGAUGCUUUCACCAUCUACUCCAGCUCCUCCCAAGUGGUCUUGGAGCACCGGCACCUCCUGCCUAGGAGCACCUACGUGGCCCGGGUGCGAGCACGGCCAGUCCCGGGCAUGGGGUUCUUGGGACAACCCAGCUCGUGGAGCACUGAGGAGCGCUGGGUCUCUGCAGCUGGUGAUGAGGCGCAGCCCCACAAUCUCCAGUGCCUCUUCGACGGGGUGCACACGCUUCGGUGUUCCUGGGAAGUGAGGACGGACGUGGCCCGUGCCCUGCCCUUCUCCCUCUUCUUCAAGGCCAGUCCUGGGACCGGGGAGGAGGAGUGCUCUUCGGUGCGUCUGGAGCAGUGCCACGACUAUACCCGACAUCACUGCGACAUCUCGGUGCCCGAGGCCACACAGCCCAGCAGCGUCACCGUUUCGGUGCGGCCCAAGGCCCUGGAGAAGCUCAUCAAAACCUCGGACAACAUUCAGUUGGCGCCCCCAACCCUGAAUGGCACCAAGACGGGGGACAGCUACAGUCUGAGCUGGAAAACCAAGAAAAUGACCUUCAACAUCGCUUACACCUUCCAGGUCCAGUACAAGAGUGAAGCUGUCUCUUGGGAGACGACCAAGAUGGAAUCCUUGCUGAAUGCACACAGCAUGUCCCUGCCGCGCCUAGAACCUUCCACCCGGUACCAGGCCAGGGUGAGAGUCAAGCCCCAGAAGGGCUAUAAUGGAACCUGGAGUGAGUGGAGCCAGGAGUAUGAGUGGAGCACGGAAUGGGAGAUGCCCACGUGGGGCCUGAUCCUCAUCCUGGUCUUCACCACCCUGGCCUUGGUGCCCGUCCUGCGCUUCUGCUGCAUCUACGGGUACAGGCUAAACCGGAAGUGGGAGGAGAAGAUCCCCAACCCCAGCAAGAGCCGUCUGUUUCAGAAUGGGAGCUCCGGGCUGCGGCUUCCAGACAGCUGGUCUGCCCUGGACACCCGAAGCCAUCCCAACAAGGAACUAGGGAGCAGCCUCCUGUCUGAGCUGCAGGGGGUGGUCCCCAGAGACUUUGGGCACAGCAAAGUGUCACUUGUCACCACCGAGGACCCGGGAUGGGAUCGAGAAGCACCUGCAGAGGCUGACCUGACUCCCACCUCCUCGGAGAAGCCCCCCUCGUGCCCACCCCCGGGGUCCCCGGAGAACCUGCACCCCGGUUUGCACUUCAAUGGCCCCUAUCUGGGACUGUCCCACAGCCACUCGAUGCCAAAUCUCGGGGAGCUACAGAAACAUCCCCCGGCUGACACCGACCCCCAGCCUCUCCCUCCAGGGUCCCUGGAUUACCUGUGUCUCCCCCCAGGUGGGCAGAGACAGCUGGUCCCCCUGAAGUGGGCAAAGGCCUCCCCAGGGGCUGAGGCCCCCUCGCUGGUGUCAGGACCUCCCGAUCUCUCAGAGACUAGUCAGGAGGCAAAAGACAGCUCCUCUGGGCAGGCCACCAGUUCUGGGGACCCAGGGAAAAGGAGUCCCACUUUAGACUACAUCACUGCUGCGCACCUGAACUUCUGUCCUCCCCAGUUGGACCCCAGCCUCUGUCCUGGCCUGCCUGAGGGACCCCAGGGGGCUCUGAUCCCCUCAAAGCCUCAGUUCGGGGACUAUGUGGAGCUCCCUCCCACAUCGGGCCACAAUCCCCCAGCCCCCUUGAUCAGUCAGGCUCCUCCAGCCACCAGCAGCACCCCCACAAGCCCUGAGGAGCCCAGCCCAGCACCCUCACACCCCGAGGAGCUUCUGGUGCUCCAGCAGGUGGGUGAUUACUGCUUCCUGCCCGGCCUGGCCCCGGGUUCUUCCUCCUCACCCGGCAAAUGCCCCCCAGUGCUCAGUUCCGACAUGGGGGACCACCAGGUUCUCCAGAGCAAGAAACCCCCAGGUCCGGCUGCACCCCAGCUACCGGCCAUUCAGCUCUUCAAAGCGCUGAAGCAGCAGGAUUACUUGGCUCUGCCCACCUGGGAUGGCAGCAGACCAGGGCAAAUCUGCUUUGUCGUGGUUGUUGUAGUCAGUCUUCUGUACUGA